UCUAACGAAGUACAUAUCACUGACGCUUUUUCUUUUCUUUAUUAUUUUUUUACAGCACAAAGUUCAGAACCCUUGAAGCAACCAGUCUAUUCAUCUCAAGCAUCUUCCCUGUCCCAGAGUUCUUUCUGCUCAUCCUCCAGCACCGGCUCCCCUCCUACUGUGAACUCUGUUGACAGUUUCAGAAUUCCAUGGAAAAUGUUUCCUGAGGAAUUAAUGCAGGCCCUUGAGAGACAGAAAAGGCCAAGUCAAGCCAAGAAAAGGCCCAAGGACUGUUGUCAAGAAAUGGGAAAUAAUCAACCUGCUCAUCCUCCGCGUCGGUUCUCACCGGAACUCAAGAGGCCUUGGAGACCAGUAGCAUGGAGUAAAAACGAUGAAAUACUGCACGACGUGAAAGAAUUCAAACCCAGCUCGGAGGUCCUCAGAAUUGUGUUGUAUGGACCGACUGGUGCUGGGAAAUCAUCCUUCAUCAACUCAGUCCAGAGAAUUCUCUUAGGCCGUAAUGCCAUGAGUGCUCUGGAAAACUCCACGUUUACAGGAGCAAGCUUCACAAAAAAAAUGAAAAUACACAAGCUGAAGAAAGGCAGAGGUGAGCAUUAUCCUUUGGAAAUUGUUGACAUCAUGGGGCUUCAGCAUUCAGGAGGGAUAACAGCUGAUGACAUCAUCAGUGUACUCAAGGGACACGUUCCAGAUAAGUACACGUUUAAUCCUGUGUCGUCCAUAACUGCUGAGAAACCAGAAUACAAAAAGAACCCAACUUUGUAUGAUAAGGUCCACUGUCUGGUCAGCAUUCUGUCUGCAGACUCUGUCUCAAGAAUGGAAGACGGCGUCUUUGUAAAAAUGGCCGAGGUUAGAGCGGCUGCUAGCGAGCAGGGAAUUCCUCAAGUCAUUGUUAUGACCAAGGUAGAUAAAGCCUGUGAGCAGGUUAACCAGGAUUUAAAGAAAGUCUACACCAGCAAGAAGAUCAAAGAGAAGAUGGACCUGUGCAGUAUUAACUCGGGCAUCUCAAAAAACGCCAUCUACCCUGUGAAGAACUAUGCUGAAGAGAUCACCAAAGAUGACGGCAUUGAAACGCUCAUCCUCACAGCAUUGAGAGAUAUUCUAAAUUUUGCCAAUGACUAUGUGGAACGUGAGUUGGAAGAAGAAGCCUAGUGAUGAAUCCCCAAGUAUAAAGUGAAAUGAGGUUUGAGGUCAACCUUAGAUUAGUUGUGUGCCAUGUUUUAUUCUUAAGAGUCAUAGUCUUGGUGUAGCAGAUGUAUUAGAAGCUCAGUGUAGUACACAAAGUUUCCAUAUAUGAAGAAAAAGUUCAGGUUGCCAGAUAUUUUUUUAAAGAAGCGCCUGAGACAGGGUUUUUCGAUAGAAUGAGACCUAAAACACCUAAAUCAGGGACAGAAUAUGUGGACUGAAGAAACUCAGUACAAGACAGUUUAAAAAGAAUAAUAUGAUAUAUGAAUGAGAAGAGGACAAACAUUGAAUAGUAUAUUGGUAAUAUAUUGCUGAAUGAAUAAUCACAUUAAUCACUGCAAAUUUGGUUUCAUUUAACAUAAUGGCUUCCAUGGACUCGACCUGCCAUGGUUCAAGAAUAUUAAGUAGAAGGUCAGACUCAAGAGACAUCCAUGCAACUGAACAAGUAGCUUUGUAAACUUUUCUUAUGAUACGGUUCAUCAAGCUGAAGUUUCCUUUAGAGGAAAAAAAAAAUGCCACCAACGUCCACAGUUUUCUCUUAUAAUGAACUUCCAUUAAGUGAUUAACUUUUGUGUCUAACUGCAGCAUAUGGUUAAGUAAUUCUUAGUAUUCUGUCUUAGUGGUGCAAUUUGUGCUGAACUGUGGGCAGGUGGGACAACUGUCUGAAAACAAAAAUCAAAUCGAACAGUUGACUCGUUCACUUCAUCUUUCAGAAGAAGAAGAGGAAAGAGAUUUGUUUGCAAGAGCAAGAAAACAAAGCAGACACCACUCUUUCACUUCAUCAUUUUGCUUUGUAGCAAACCAGCAUCAAAACUUUUGAAUAAACUACUUCUUCUUCUUGA